UCUUACAGCAAACCGUAGGGUACGGUUCUGUACCGAGCGUCUAGGAGAGUCUCCCGUCUCCCGUUCAAAACAAAAAAUACGGUAAUCAUUGACCCCCAACAAAAUCAUUGUCAGUGAUCAUAGACGAUCAGACAGCUCGAAGCAAGGACUCGUACACCAACAGAACAAAAGCAAAGCAAAGCAACGCAACGCAUAGCAAAGCAAACCCAACACGACACAACGAUGYCGAGCACGAGAGCGGCGGUAGCCCUCCUGGCGCUGGCGUUCUGCGCCGGGGGCGUGGACGCCAUCUACAAGGACGACGCCGGGGUCCUGGACUUUUCCGUCGCCACGGCGGGUCACGGCGCCAUCGGGUGGGCCCGGACGGCCGGCAGCGGAGACCACGAGAAGGCGAUCCUCCUGACCACGGACCUUGCGGCCGUUUCUUCGCAGGGAACCUCCUGCUACGUGGCCGGCCGGAGCACCCAGAGCGGGGGCCUCCUCUGGCGCCGGAACGUCUGCUCCGUUCCGAAUGCCGGGGCGCAGGCCCACGCGGUGGCGAUGGGGAGCGGGGAGGAAUCCGUUUUCUACACGGUCGACCACACCGGGGUGGCCCGGGCGUGGAAGGCGGCCAACGGAGACCUCUUGUGGGACGCCAAGGUCGUCCCGGGCGCCAGGCCAAGGAUCUUUGCGCCGGACGGCCUUGGAUACGUGGCGGUCGCYUCCGGGACGAACGAGCUCGUUCUGCUCGACGCCGGCACCGGAAGCCUCGUGGACACCAUUGACACCGGGGGAUCCGGCCCCCGAGACGGACAGGUCCUGGAAUGGUUGUCGGUGGAAGCAGCAACAGCAACARCUUCGGCCUCCUCCUCGCUCUCCGUGGCCUUUGCCAGGGUGCAAGCGUCGGACGGAAGCUUCCAGGGAAGCGACUUUUACACCGGAACCUACCAGGUGGGCAGCGGCGGAUCCCUCAAGGUGGGUGCCGGAACCCUCAAGGGGUCCUCCAAAAACCUUUUGGCCGAUACGGUUCGGAUCUCCGGCGACGACGUCUGGGCGGUGACGGCCGACGGUGCAAUCGUGCACAACCACRAGGUUUCCAUGGCCUCGGAGUGGAGAGGCGAUUGGGACCGCGUGGUCGGGGUAGAGCCCACCGGGGAUCCCCUGGUCGUCUCGGUAUCCGGAAGCGCCUCCGCCGGUGCCGAGUCCACCAUGGACCUCUUUCGAUACGACGCCGGGUCGUCCUCGUGGAAACAAGUCUCAAGCAGCGAUGGCGUGGGUUCUUCCGCAGCGGCUCUGUGCCCCGUCGCCGGAUUGGUCGUCGAAACACCGCUCGACCGAUCGGUGCGGGCCUACGAAUCCGCUUCGGGCAAGGUCCUGGCCGCAACCGGGGACGUCUUUGGUGCCGACGGCGAUUCGGUGGCCGUCGUUUCGGUUCUGGAGGAGUCCGCGGGAGGGGCCACCGUCCUCAUCGGAACCGAGCGGGGAACCACGACCGUCUUCUCGGUGACCAAAGCCGCUUCCGGGGAUUCUGUGGCCGUGAGCGUCCUCUGGACCGCCGAGGAGGGUCUCUCGAGCCUCUCCUCGGCCAUCAUCCUGGAUGCCAGCCACCUGGGAUCGGACGACCUGGUCGAGGAACAGGACAGCGUUGCCUACAGGCUUUCUCUGGCCGGCCGCCUCAAGGCCCAGUGGCAGGACGUCGAAGCCAUGCUUUUCCGAAGAAGCGGCACUUCCGCCGCCAGCGGAGGAUUCCAGUACCGCGACCACCUGUUUGGAUUCCUCAAGGUGUCGGCGCUCUUGUCCCCCAAGGCCCACCGGCUCUGGGGGAUGCGCACCUGGGGAGAGGGCAGCGGGAGCGACGAGGACGCCCGCGGGUCGAUCCUCUGGUCCCUCGACCUGCCCAAGAACGCCUUGUGGCACAGCAUGGUCCACGGGACGACCAACGCGGCCCGGGCCGCCCACGGGAUCCACGGGGACACCCACAGCCGCGAAAUCCUGRUCCUCUCGGCCUCGGCCGACAAGAUCGACUGGAUGUGCAUCGACGGGACCAGCGGUGCCGUCAACGCGCAGGACUCGGUCCCCGUCCGGGCACCCGUCCUCCAGGUCCUGCCGGUCUACGGCUCGGCCGGCAGCGGCGGCUGCCGCCAGGCUGCCCUGCUCCUCGGGGACGACAUGAGCCUCACCGCGGUUCCGGGGGAUGCUCAGACCAGGGCACUGGUCCAGAGCCACCUCCACAAGACCCCCAACGGGCUCUACACGCACAAGAUCGACCGGGUCGCCAACAAGGUCGAAUCCUUCCGGGUGUCGUCCGCUCUGGAGGAAGGCUUUGUCGCGCAGCCCGUGGGGCUGACCUCCUUCGGGGGGGAACAGAUCGCCGAGGUGGCCUAUCCCCUCCGCCACGAGGACAUGCAGUCGAUGAGCACCAUCCUCGGAGACAACUCGCUGCUGCUCAAGUACAUCAACCCCCACAUGGUCGUCGUGGUCACCAUGCUGUCGGAGGCCGAACAGCAGUCGACGACGGACGUCGCCAGGGCCCUUUCCGAGUCGAGCUCGAAACCCCGCAAGCCCGCCGGCGCGGCGGCCCCCGGAUCGUCGUCCACCGCAACUUCCCCGCAGCCCCUCCCGAACAUGUUCGUGAACCUGGUCGAUACGGUCUCGGGCCGCGUCCUGUACCGGCACGGCCACUCGGGCGUGGACCCGGGCAAGAAGGUCUCGGUGGUUGUUUCCGAGAACUGGGUCGUCUACUCGUACGUCAGCGAAAAGACGCGGCGGACCGAGAUCGGCGUGCUGACCCUCCACGAGGGCAUGAUCGAGCCCAAGGGCCUCACGUACUUUUCCCGCCCCGAGCAGUCCUCCUCCUUUUCCAGCUUUGACGCCCGUGAGUCCAAGCCGGUCGUCCUUUCCAAGGUAUACGCCUUUCCCAAGACGGUCACGGCCCUUGGGGUCACCCGGACGAGACAGGGGAUCAGCCGACAGAACAUUCUGGUCGCCGCCUCGGACGGCUCCCUCAGCACCAUCAACAAGAUGAUGCUCGAGACGAGGCGCCCCGUAGGAGAGGCCAAGCCGGAGGAGAAGAAGGAGGGACUGGUGCCCUACCAGGAGUUGAUCCCAGCGACCCCCCUGUUCUCGCUCAACUACAACCAAACGAUGGAGCCCUUCACCUCGAUCGUGUCCUCGACGACCUCGCUGGAGUCCCAGUCCCUGGUCUUUGGGUUCGGCGGGCCCGACCUGUUCUUUACCMGGACCUCCCCCACCAAGGGCUUCGACCUGCUGCCCGAGACCUUCAACAAGGUGCUGGUGGCGGCCACCACGGUGGGGAUCGUUGCCGCGCUGCUCACCGUGCAGCGAAUGGGACAGAGAAAGGCGCUCAAGCAGAGCUGGGCGUAGCUUUCGACGGCGGGUUUGGUAGACAUUGUGGUAGCAACMGGACAGCCAAACGCAUCAACACGUUUGCGAUGUACUAAAGGAUAUUCGUUAUC